AGCUGGAAUCCUAUUGGUUGCUGUGAGCUUCAUGGACUUUUAUAGACAAAACUCAGCAACUGCUUCCUAACAUGCAUUGUCCGACCUGAUGGAAAUGUUUGUUCCAACUCGGUGUAAACUUUCUCAUACACAUCGCCACCUUCAACAUGGCUGACCUUUUCAGUCACCGACGCGCACCACACCCCCCGUUUCAUUGGCUGCCUGCAGUGCGUGGUGACGUCAGUAGGGAAAGCCGGAAGUGUCAUCGUGCAUGUUUACUGCAGCGUGGAAUCCUUAGCGCUCGCCCUUAUAUCAUGCGAUUGGCACACUUCCUGAGGCCUCAGCGGCUCCAGUGUGUGGCAGCCCUUGCCAGCUGUGCGAUAGUAGGAGGCUGCGGGCGAAGAAGACUGCUGUGCCAGCAUUUGCCCUUGGAUCCCUCAAGGCAGCUCAGCUCAAUGCCUGCAACCAUGGAAGACGUCCUGAGCAAGUCUGUGCCACCUUUGCCACCCUAUGAGACCAAGGAAAAAAGCCCCCCACCUCCGGAGCUGCAGAGCUUACACUUCAUGCACUACUAUAGGUCCCUGGAUAAGGGGCAGAGAGUGGCACUGCUGGGGCAGCUGGCAGCAGAGUAUGGAGCAGACCAUGCCCAGGUGGCAGAACUUAGCAGCAAGCUGGUGCAGGCCCAACAGAACAGGGACCUGGGCACUGUCCUGCAGGUGGAGGACAGACUUAGGUACUACCUCACCCCCCAGUACAAAGUGCUCUUCAGUCAUAUCAGUAGGAUGGAGGGGGGCAUGAAGUUCCUGGUGGACCUUAGAGCUGACAUAGUAGAUGGAGUGAGCGCCAAGAUGGCAGAUGCUCCGCAACUUAGGGAGAUGAAUGGGGUCCUGAAAAGCAUGCUGUCUGAGUGGUUCUCCAUAGGAUUCCUAAACCUGGAGAGAAUAACCUGGCAGUCUCCCUGUGAGGUCCUGCAGAAGAUUAGUGAGUACGAGGCCGUACAUCCCGUCAGGAACUGGACAGACAUGAAGCGCAGAGUUGGCCCAUACAGGAGAUGCUUUACCUUCACUCAUAAUGCAAUGCCUGGGGAGCCACUUAUUGUGUUACAUGUUGCACUGAUGCAGAACAUUUUGGGUAAUAUUCAGGCAAUUGUGAAAGAGAUUCCCCCUUCUGAGAUUGAAGAUGGAAAUAAGAUCAAGUCAGCCAUUUUCUACUCCAUUAGUUUGACACAACAAGGCCUUCAAGGUGUAGAGCUGGGCAACUAUCUCAUCAAGAAAGUAGUAAAGGAAUUGCAGGGAGAGUUUUCUGAGCUCUCAGAGUUCUCCAGUUUGUCCCCUAUCCCUGGAUUUACCAAAUGGCUACUCGGUGCUUUUAACUCGCAAACAAAAGAACUGGGAAGGACUGAGCUCUUUUUGGAAUCAGAGUGUAAAGAGAUAUCGGACAUUACAGGUGCACCAGCUGUUGAGACCCUGAAGCGUCUCUUCACCAGCAACGAAUGGAUGAAAUCUGAAAGACUUGUAAAAGUUCUUGAGGCCCCGUUGAUGAGGCUUUGUGCUUGGUACUUGUACGGAGAGAAGCAUCGCGGUUGUGCCUUAAACCCUGUAGCAAACUUCCAUUUACAAAAUGGGGCUGUCAUGUGGCGACUGAACUGGAUGGCCGAUACAAGUCCAAGAGGAGCUGCAGCCUCCUGUGGCAUGAUGGUAAAUUAUCGCUACUUCCUGGAGGAGACAUCAGUCAAUAGUGCUAGAUACCUCCGGGUGAAGCAUAUCGAGGCCUCCGAGCAAGUUCUCAACUUGGUUUCUCAGUUCAGAAAGAACAGUAAAUUGUAAUGAGCUGAUGUGUCCUGGCUCCUAACCUCUGUACUGCAUCUACGUUGUGCUGCAUAGAUGAUCAGGGACUAUGGUUAUAUGUCUUGCCAAAUGAUGAGAAUAUUUAACACUUUGCCUUGACCCCCUCUGACCAACCAGAGACUAAUAAUGAUUUGAUUUCACUUGCACAGUUUUUUUUUUGCUCUUCAUAUUGUCUGUUGACUUUUUUUCAAUGUACUUUAUAUAAAUUAUUGAAAUCCUUGAGAGAGUUGUAUAGGAUUAGCUACUUUUAUCUGCAAACAGUGCAACGUAUGUCCGCAGUUGUAUCUGGUAUUGGAGCUUUACUCCACUUGAAAGAUUGAGUUGUAAUACCAGACCAAACCGUUGCACAGGGUGACACUGUUUCUGGACAAAUGCAGCCAUGUUUUUCUAACCCUGCAGAAAUCCUAUAAAUUGACACCAACAUGGUUGAAUUUGUGUUCUUGUAACUGUGAUAAUGUAACUUACAUUUUUUAAACAUGCGGACAGCUUCUCUAGCAAAUGUAGCUGCUGAAAAUACUUUAAAAUAAAAGAUAAAUAAAAGUUAAAAUUGACAUGCCUCUUAAGUCCAAUGCAGACCACUGGUGGUCCCCAGUGAUCUUUGUGAUUGGCUGCAGAGGUUGCUUACAUGCCUAUCUGGCUCUUGGAAAAUUUAGCUUAACCCGAU